AUGAAAGUCUUCGGUGUUCCAUUCGUCCUUGUGCGACACGUCAAGGUAGCCAUUCUUCCAAUCGUGAACACGACUUCGGAGGCAGUGGGCAAGCUCAAGCUCAUGGGAGCCAAUGAGGCCAUGGUGAUGGCGCAAACCGGAACAACCAGUGCCGCAAACAGGCUUCGACCUCUGCGGCUCUUCACCCUCGCGUCGGCUCUUACACAGCAGAUCGGAGCUGGUGCUCUUCUGGCUAAAAACGAGACUGCACACUCCGCGGCAGAGGCCACAUUCAUGGGUGGCAACAUUUAUUACCUCGACAACGCAAACCGCACGAGCAACGCAGCUAGCGGAGCGAGUGCCACGAAUCUUCAGCAUUGCGUUUGCUUUGGCACGCCAUGCCAAAGCUACCGUGCUAGCACAUCGAAAUGGUGUGCCCUGAUCUCACGCAAAAUGCCACCGCCUACUGUUUUUGAUGUUAAAGCAUGUCUUUAG